UCAGGGCAUAGAAGAUACGAGCCGUUCUCCCCCUGCCCAGCCAGGCACCUUGACUGUCCUCACAACCUGACUCUGAGCAUGCCUCGGUCUCCUCAUUUUUAGAACAACAUCCUAACAGCAGAUCCAGCUUCCACGGGUCCACUAAAGAUGCCAGGCCACCCCUCCCUGCUGUUGCUGUAUGUGGGCUUGGCCUCCUGCCUGGAUCCUUCAUCCAGGAUGCAGCAAGGCCAAGAAGUGUUCCUGGGCCCUCCAGAAGCCCGGAGUUUCCUGGGCAGCCGUAGGCGGGUGCCGAGAGCCAAUCGUUGGGACCUGGAACUGUUCACGCCAGGGAACUUGGAGCGGGAGUGCAACGAGGAGCAGUGCUCCUGGGAGGAGGCCAGGGAGUGCUUUGAGGAUGACGCUCUGACGAAGAAGUUCUGGGAGAGUUACCCCUACAAUGGCAAAGGAGGGCGCAGACACAUCGAUGUGGCUGGCCUGGCUGUGGGUCUCACCUGCGGCAUCCUGUUCAUCGUGCUGACCGGCCUCGGAGCCUUCUGGUACCUGCACUACCAUCGGAGCCGAAGGCAGCAGUCCUGUCCCCAAGAAGCCGGGCUUAUGAGCCCUCUCACUACUCUGAGCCACCUGGACACUCCGACGACGUCCCCGCCUCCACUCCCACCCCCGGGCCUCCCCACCUACGAGCAGGCCCUGGCGGCCUCGGGGGUCCAUGAUGCACCUCCGCCCCCUUACUCCAGCCUAAAAAGGCCUCACUGAAGAGCGGCUGGAGCCUCGGCUUCUCCAACUGUGCCCACCCCCAUCGAUGCACACUGAAUUCCGGAAGCCCACCCCCACCCCCUGGGCCUCCUGGACACAGCAGAGGAGCUGGGUGGGUGGUAGGUGUAGGGGUCAUCUGACCCGAGGCCUAGCUUGCCACUUGGUUGCAAGUAUGCCCCCCCCUCCCCGCAACAGCGUGCUCCCGCGUACUGGCCGGGGCAGGGCCCCACGCCCCCCUGGCUGCGGGGCUGGUGAUGGGACCCUACUCCGAGCUCGGCCGGUGGCAGCUGGCUGUGCAGCUCCCUAGGGUUCCGACCCUCGCCCCCCGCCAGGGUCCGUGGGGGUCCGCGGUGGUCCGCGCACUCGUGUCUUCACGCACAGGGGUGCUUUGCAAUCCUGGGAACGAAUAUGCGUGUGGGGGAGCGUAUGCAGGAGCGCCCUCGAUGGGGGCAGGUUCACCUUACACCCAGGGCACUGGCAUGACCUGUUCUCUUCAAUAAUAAACCCUGUUGGAACAAGACCCCGAAAAGCUGAAACAAUGCAAAGAAAUUGUAACAAUAAAAAUCGAAUGAUUGCAACGCA